GAAGCCUCUAGCCUUCAUCUAGCAUGCAUCAUCCCGUUGCGUAGGUUGUGGUUGGCUGACUGGACGCGCGUCGCCGUCGUCGCAGCAGUCGCUAUUACGGGUUGCGCAAGAAGUGCAAGGGACUGCGAGGCGUGGCGACCCCUUUAUGAUCAAGCUUCUAAUGCAAAGCUUGGUCAGCGCUAGUCAAUGCUUGGUACAACCUAUGCCGAAGUUCCGGAUACAUUCCGCACGAUCGUGCUGCACGACAAUACAACUCCGUGUGGCUUUCGACGCGGUGACCACGUGCUGCUCUGCCCUUGCUUGAUAUGCCUGGAGAAAUCCUGCUGGCUGGAACGACAUGACUCCGAUCUAGCAUCAUCUCAAAUUUGCCGCCCGUUCUUACAUCCCUUGCUUUCGACUGGGGAACCCCCCAGUGAGCUGCGGCGGAGCUUGUUUAUCUUGUAGCUAAAGCUUAAGCUAAAUCGGACGUGAGGCGCGCGUUUAGAUCG